ACUAACCAAAAAAAUUAAAAAUCCCAAGAAAAACUCUCAAAUAUUAAUACAAGCAGGAACUAAAAAUAGUCUAAGCAUUCUCUGUACUUUCCACUUUCAAUGGCAAGAACACUAUCUCUGUCUUUCACUUCAUCAUACAACCAAGCACACAAUAUUAACCAAACCAACCACUUCAAAUCUCACAAACCAUUAUUUUUAAGCCUAAAUCAAACCAACCCUUUUGUUAAUUUCCCCAAAUCUAGCCACUACAAUCUUAUUCUCACUUGCUCAACUUCUCAACACUCUUCAUCACCAACCCUUUUGACCCCACUUCAAACAGGCACCUUUUUGUCAAACCAAGAUGUUGAAAAGCUCCAAUCUUUACAAGAUUUCAGUUAUUUUCAAGAACUUGAGUCUGGGUCCAUGUGGGUCAGGGUGAUGAGAGAUGAUGAAUUGGAUAUGACUGUUGGGUUGUUAGCAGAGUCAUUUGUUGAAUCAAUGGUGAUGCCAAAAGGGUAUGUGAAGCUUUUGGGGAUUUUGGUGAAACAAUAUUUGGUUGAAAGGAGAAGUCUGAUGCCUCAUACGGCUACAUUGCUUGGGUUUUAUAAGGGUAAAGAUGAUGAGGGUGAAGGGGAGUUAGCAGGGACUGUUGAAAUUAGUUUUAAUAAGAAGGGUGCUAAUGCUUCUCCCCCAUCUCCUACUCCUCCAAGGGAUUCACCAUAUAUAUGUAAUAUGACUGUCAAGAAAUCUCUUAGGAGGAGGGGCAUUGGGUGGCAUCUGCUUAAGGCCAGCGAGGAAUUAAUAUGUCGGAUGACUUUCUCAAGGAAUAUAUACCUGCACUGCAGAAUGAUUGAUGUUGCUCCAUUUAACAUGUAUACAAGAGCAGGUUAUACUGUUCGUGAGACUGAUAGCAUCUUUAUCUUGUUGACAUUACAGAGGCGUAAGCAUCUAAUGUGCAAGCAAAUAAAUGUCUCAACCAGUUAUUCAGAGAUGGAUGUAUCAGAACCUAGUGAGGAUUUAUAAAUAGCUAUAAAGAUGCUAAUCAAACUUCUUUUGAGGAUAAUUUUACUCUUGCUCUGUAGUUGGUGUUCAAAAGAAUGUUGCUGGAUUGAAGUCCCUAUGCAGUUUAGGAAUUCUAGUUGCAGUCUAUAAAUGGAGAAAAGGCAAAGUCAUCUCGCUGCUUCAAGUGCUACUUCAAGCUGCAAUGGUCAAAUCAAUUCCACAUCUCGUAUUUCUUACGAGCUGCUCAAGUUCCUUAAAAUCGUGAUCCUACCCUCACAUGUCAUUAUGUAUCUUAUAUGUCGGAUUCUUUUAUGAUAAAAAUGAAGAUGACAACUUUGUUCAGAAGCAGCUAGGAAGGAGAUGAAAGUUGUUGGGCAAGCAACUCAUUUGGACCUUAUAUAGUUAUAGAUUUUGGGAUAGAAGUAUUUACAAUUCCUGCUGUUUCGAGAAGUCUGAAAAACUCCGUGCAGUUGAUGAUUGUAUUAACCAAGAUAAUGUACUUAUUUUAUUUUAUCAAAUAAUAAUGCAAUUGUUCAUUAGUCUCUUUA